AUGACUCACCAAGCACAUCCAUUCCACAUAGUUGACCCCAGCCCAUGACCUCUAACAGGGGCCAUCGCUGCCCUCUUAUUAACAUCCGGCCUUGCAGCAUGAUUUCACUUCAACAAUACAAACCUAAUAUAUCUUGGUUUCAUUAUUAUACUUUUAACAAUACAGCAGUGAUGACGAGAUAUUGUUCGCGAGGGUACAUAUCAAGGACACCAUACAAUACCAGUCCAAAAAGGCCUACGAUACGGCAUAAUUUUAUUUAUUACCUCAGAGGUAUUAUUUUUUGCCGGAUUUUUCUGAGCCUUCUACCACUCAAGUCUAGCCCCUACCCCUGAACUUGGAGGACAGUGACCACCAACAGGAGUUAAUCCUUUAAAUGCCUUUGAAGUCCCAUUACUAAAUACAGCUGUCUUACUAGCCUCAGGAGUAACAGUAACAUGAGCCCACCAUGCUCUGAUGGAAGGAAAACGAACUGAUACCAUUCAAGCACUAUCCUUAACAAUCUUACUAGGCAUCUACUUUACAAUUCUACAAGCCAGCGAAUACCACGAAACAUCAUUUACUAUCUCAGAUAGUGUUUAUGGCGCAACCUUCUUUGUAGCCACCGGCUUCCACGGCCUUCAUGUAAUUAUUGGAUCCACAUUCCUCAUAAUUUGCCUCAUUCGACAAUCCUUAUUUCACUUUACAACAAACCACCACUUCGGGUUUGAAGCUGCCGCCUGAUAUUGACAUUUUGUAGAUGUCGUAUGACUAUUCCUAUAUGUAUCAAUCUACUGAUGAGGCUCUU